AACACAAGCAAACCCAACAUCAACAAUGUCGACAAAGUCUAGCACUACCGUCCUUGCCUUUGCCUUUUGUUUCUUGUCCCUCCUCAGUUUCGCUUACUCCAACACCACCGACGACAAAAUCUACCUCACCGGCCUGGUCUACUGUGACAACUGCCAAUUGAAGUCUAUGACCGAGAUAAGUAAGAUGAUUCCAGGUGCAACGGUGCGAUUGGAGUGUAGGGAGGGGGGGAACAUAAAAUCCAGUCAAGAGGCCGAAACCAACCAGCUUGGACUGUACGUGUUUAAGUUGGACAAAUCUAAGGAGCCUGUGGAUGAUUGUCAAGUGACACUGCUACACAGCCCUGACCCUGAAUGCAAGAUUUCCCACGAAGUCGACCCUAACAACAAAUCGAAAACUGCACCGGUGGCCACCCGGAAGCUCAACCUAUUGGAAGGAGACAGCGUUGAUGUCAUCGCACCAGGCCACCGCGUUGCCUACCCUCUUGGUUUGGUCGUUGAGAAAGCUCUUCCCAAGUGCGAGCAGUUCGCCAAAGCGCAAAAGCAUUUUCAGAACUAA